UGCUGACUGCCGCCGCCAUUUUGGCGCUUCAUCUCCGUGGGUCAGUGACCUUUAACCCGGGCUCUGACGGUCCGGGCCGCGCCGCUGUUCCACGUAAUCUCUUGUGUUCGGAGAUGACUUGCUUCCAUUCUGGUUCGCUGGGAUCUGAGAUGGCUGAUAAAGCCAAUGCGUGAUCUGCUGACUCUACUACUGUAUUUGUGGGUCAGGUGUAGCUUGGAGGAUCAGUCAGAUGAAUGGUUUGGAGUUACUUUUACAUUCUGCCCACUGCUUUGACUUCACCUGUGCAUAUUUCUGCCAGAGUCGUUUUGUGUUUGGAAGCUUCCCAAAUGAACUUUCUCCCUUGUUGAUGGAACCAUUUGAUCUGUUCAGGCAUACUUUAAGGACAUCAUUAAAACCUUUCACUGAAGGUGGUGCCUGGAUGUUGUGAAUGUUGGCUCUGGAGAAGACCUUGCUUCUGGACUAACUUUAUUGAACUAGAUUUGGAGGGUAUUUUGCAGGUUAUGCCAACCCUGACUCAUUGGUGUGAGUCCAGAGAUUACUGCUGUCUGGUGAAGUCUUGGGUUUGUGAUCUUGGUACUUUAGUCUUUUUAUCCUGAGUCACCCAAUGGCUGAGCUGGUAUGUUGGGCAGCACUAAUGAAUUUCUAUAUCAGUGUUUGCUUUCAUCAAGAGAGAGCUUGUAACAUAUGGAGAAUCCAACUUGAAUUCAAUUGAUGGGACACAGCAUGCAUGAAUGCCACGUAGAACAGAAACUUUACUUUCUAGGUGUUGUUAAUGAAACACCCAUUUUCUCUCUCGUUUUCUGAGUGAGUGGAAUUACAAAUGUCUUCUGAAUACAGAAGCUCAAUGACUGAAUUUGUUUUAGAAUUGAAGGUGACAUAGGUUGAAUAGCCAAGUCUUGGAUGAAUUAAUGGAAUGAAGAAGCAGGAUCACAUCAAGCUUUAAAAAUGUAUCCAAAGACUGCUCAAUGUUUUUCUUUAUCUUCACCCAGUUGAUCAUCCAGUUGACUUUGGUAUGCAGUCUUUGUGAAGUUUUUCCUUGCUUCCUACAUCAGUUGUCAAACUGUUGACAAAAUUCAAGGGAUGGUAUUUCAUCACAUUUUUCAUUUUCAGCGUAUUGAAUCUCCAGCUGCAUUAGGACCUCAAAGGACUUCAAAAUGGCCUCUCUGCCUCCUGCUAUAAAGUUGAAAAGCUACCUGAAUUGGGGUUCCGAAAUUAAUCAGAGGAUUGCAGAGUUGGGCUUGUGAAGUUACCAGGGCAAAAGGCCAAUGGAGACUCCAGGCAGUUUUGAUCAGCUGACAAACUGCCUGAAACCAGUGGACCUUUUAAAUGGCAUGUGUUCUAAUGGAGGAUCUGGAAUCUACAUCCAAACAAGAGAGCAUUGCAGCUCGAAAAGACAGAGAAGAAGGGCUCAAAAUUUCACUGAUAAUGACCUUCAAACGCUUCUGAAUGAAAUGCAGCCAAGAAGGGACAGAUUACUUGGUGUGCAUGGCAGGAAACCUCAAAAGCCUAUUUCACGUGCUAUGUGGAGGGAAGUGGCAAUGGCACUGAAUGCGACCUCUCUCACCUCCAGGACUGCAGACCAGUGCCGGAAGAAGUUCAAUGAUCUGACAAGAGCAGGCAAGGAGAAGCUAAUGCACAAUGCCCGCGAAAGGCAGGAGUGCAGAGGGGGCAUUCCCAACAUUAAGGAGCUCACCCCCUAUGAGGAACAGGCCGUGCAGCUGCUGGGCAGGCAGUGUGGUCUUGCCGUGGUGGCAGAUGGAGAAAUCGGUGUAACAGUACAGACUCCAGAGCCAUCACAGCAGUGGGGGUUAGAGGAUGAUGAUGACGAUGAUGAUGAUGAUGAAGAAGAGGAGAAGCUAUGCUUCCUCGUUAAUUAUGAUGAUGAGGAAUUGGAUGAUGAGAACAAGCCAGAUCGUGAGUCCCUGCAGCUUGAUGCAGCUCCAUUUUCCACUGUCCCCAUACCCUCAAUUUCACCCCCUGCAUCCCUGGCCUUCUCACUCCCUCAGUCCAGCUCUGAUAUGGUCACCAGGGCACGGUGUCAGGGAAUCGGAUGA